UGGCUGUUAAGUGUUACGUGAUGCCUCCUAAGGGAAGAAAGCAUUGUCGAAAGUUACCUCCCGACUUCCUUAGCAACCUUCCUGAUAACGUGAUCGAUGUUAUUCUGAUGCGUUUGCCUUGUAAAGAAGCUGUGAGGACAAGCAUCUUAUCAAAGAAAUGGAGGUAUCACUGGUGUAGAAUUACAGAGUUGAAUCUUGAUUCAUGUCUUUGGGAAACAAAAAUGGAUAAGCUAUACCCUACAGUCAAAUUUACGAAGAUUAUCUACCAGAUUUUGUCUCUUCAUGAAGGCCCAAUUACUAAGUUUAGCCUCGACAUUGCUGUUCUGAAAAGCUGUCCUAAUAUUGACAACUUCAUACAUUUUCUGUCUAGGAAUGAUAUUCAACAACUUGUUCUUGAGCUUCCAUGGGGUAAAAUGUACAACCUGCCUUCUUCACUUUUCACAUUUUCGCUGCUGAGUCAUCUAACUCUUCAUAAUUGCGUAAUACAUCCUCCAUCGGACUUUCAAGGAUUUGAUAAGUUAAUUAGCCUGAAACUAUGUGAUGUCACUAUCUCUCCUGAAUUGCUCGGAAGUUUAAUAUCUCAAUGCCCGUUGCUUGAUAAGUUGGAGCUGGAAAUAUCGGAAGAUUCACUUUCAGAUGUGAUAGAAAUUAAUGCCCCCAAGCUGAGAUCUUUUGAUUUCACAGGCAAUAUAACUUUUAUCUGUCUAAUGAAUGUACCUCUUCUGGCAGAAGUAUCUCUGAGCUUAUAUCAGGGUUCUUCUAUGGAGGCAGAUAAUUUCUUUUUUGCAAUGUUUUUCGAGUCGUGUACUGCUCUCGAGAGACUCUUCUUGCACUUCAAUGGUUCUGAGAUACAGCCUGAAGAUGAUGACGAAGUAGCUACGAGGCUUCCCUUUGAUGUUAACUGUGUCAAAUAUCUUUACCUACGUUUUCUUUUUCUGGAGGAGUCAUAUGACCUCUCACAUGUUCUUUGCUGUAUAAGAAGCUUCCCAUAUUUAGAAUAUCUCGAAAUACAGGUUGGCUUUGGAGAUGAUGGUAAUAUAGAAUCCCUUGAACUCGAACAUUUCACAGAUUUGACAUUAAAUCACCUCAGGGAAAUUAAGGUAGAACGCUUUGAAGGAACUCCGCCUGAGAUGCAACUUCUCAAGCUUUUGUUAGCCAAGUCCCCGGGAUUGGUUAGAAUGCUAAUUGAUACAUGGAUUCCAGAUGAUACUAUUGUAUCAAGACCAGGUGCAUUCACUGAGGUAUCAAAAUUUUGGCGUGCAUCGCCUAAAGCACAAGUAGUCCAUAAAUCAUGAUCUUUGUCGUUGUAUAGUGCAUCACCUAAACCCGAGUUUCUGUAAUAAGAUACACAGACAGUGAAGAAUCUGUUAUGAACAUGAGCAUAUCUGGAUGAAUGUUUUGAUUAGUUUGUUUGUAAUAACAUUAGUCAUUACAUGUUAAGGAAUUUUUACAUUUA